GUUGUGUAUUUUGCUGUUGCAUUGUUAAUUUUUUUCAUUUAGAAGAUUACUCUGACGCUUUGGUUAAUCACCGGUGAGUCUAUCACAUAUGCUAAAGAAAACUUUGAAACCUUCAGAAUCGUGUUGUGCUGGUAGUAUGUACACAUAGUUACAACAUGGCCCUUAUGAUACACUUCUUCAGCUAAGAUGUAAAACCGCUUUCAUAGUUUCUGGGCUUUUGGAGCUUGUGUUUUUAUUUUCCAAGCCUUGCCCUCUUGUUGCCUUCUGGUUGCCCAGACAAACUUUCAUGAGAAAACAUCAAUCUGCUCAGUUUUUUUUUUAUCACAUCAGUUAAGAUGCAGAUUGGCAUAUAAAACUAGGAUAGCUACAGACGUGAACUUGGUCUAGAAAAAGGAUGAUAUUGACAAAUAUACUCCACUUUAAACUGAAUUUAGGAAUUAUUGUAGUACGGUGAUUGAUUAGUUUGCAAGUAUUUAAUGAGUAACAUUUGCACUAUAUUGUUUUGUUUUACAUGCACAAGGGUAUAUUCAAUUGAAGUAGCGCAGUGGAGGAGUUGAUGGUCGGACAGGUUGGUCGAUUCUUUGGUUAUCAUACCUAGUGGAGUGGGGAUAGAAGUGGAUUGGACACUAUUGGCCUGAGCUUGUCCUAAGACAAGGGUUAUUUAAAUAACUGUUACAGAAAUGGAUAAAAGCUGGAUGGAUGCUGAUAGGCACACCGAAACAUACAUUAAUGGGGUUAAAGGAUUUAUUCAGUUUGCUUUUACCCAUUCAGCAAAAGGGAACACUAUAUUAUGCCCUUGCAGAAAGUGCGUGAAUUGUUCUUGGCUAGAAGCUAGUGAUGUCCAGGUGCACUUAGUAUGUGAUGGGUUUGUGACUGGCUAUAGAAGAUGGGAAUAUCAUGGGGAGGCAUCAUACUUGUAUCCACCAAAUAGUGAUGUUGAUGUAAAUGCGAUGAAAGUGAGGAGAUGGAUGAGUUAGAAGAGUUAGAUGAGAUGGGUGAACUGAUUAGAGAUAUGAGACAUGAAUUUGGCGAUUUGAGUGAUAGUGAUGAUGAGGCUGAUCCUACCGACCAAUACAAUCCAAAUAACCCUUUUAAGCAAUUAGUAGGUGACGCAGCUGAAGAGCUCUUUCCAGGCUGCACCUCUUUCUCAAAGUUGCGAUUCAUUGUUAAUUACUCUAGAACAAAAUAGAGGAUGCAAUUAAUGAUCAUCCAGAACUUUUGGAGAAAACCAUUCAACAAGGUGAUGUAUUGGCACAUGUACUUGGCAAAGAGAAGAAUGGCUAUGUUCGGUGUGUAGGCCUAGGACCAAGUGCUGGUACUAUAGGCAUGCUUGGAGCUCAAAGGCUGAAAUCUACAAAGCUGCAGAUGGCUGAGCUAGAGGCUGAGAAAGUUUGGAGGGCGAAUGAACUUCUAAAAGAGCAAGUACAUGAAAUUUCAAAUAACGCAAAAUCCCAAAAAUCCCAGAUUGAUGCGUUGAUCGAAGAAGUGAGCCAACUGAGGAUGAUGGUGUCACAGUCCAAUUCUGGAAACAACAGUAGCAUGGUCAAUCUCAACCAUGAAGAAGGAGAAGGAGAAUCUGCUGAUUGGGAUGAAGAACAACAAUUUCAAGCGGAGGAGGAACGCUUAGAUCAAGAGAUCAGGGGAGCAACUGAGAAAUUUGAAAGAAUGAAAGCAAGAGCAAAACUGUUGCAUAAUAAGAAGGAAGCAACACUGCGACACAACAGAGUUGCGGCCCAGCAUGAGAAGAGCGAAGCAGAAAUCCUAGAGGAAAAGAGGAAGGAAAUAGAGCUGCAAAACGAGAAGGUGGCCGAAGACCUGCAAAGGAAGGAGGCUGAUCAGAUGCAAAAGAAGAAGGAAGCUGAACAAUUGCGCAAGAAGAAAGAACUAGAACAACAAAAGAAGGAACAAGUCCAGGCGCAAAAGAAGCUAGGAGUAGCAAUUACACAAAAGAAUCAUCAGCAAGGAAAGAUGGUGACGCUAUACAAUGUUUUCAGGGACCAUAGUGUCCCUGUUGCCAAAGCGACCAUUUUGUCAACUGAUCGGAACAAGAUAGUAGGUGGUCGGGAGCUUGGUGCUGAAUGCUGUGAAGUUGUCGUUGACUAUAUAAUGAAAAAAGAUGCCAUAUUGCCUCGUCCUGUUGGGAACAUCACCACCAUUGGACAUUCUCAAGGGAGAGCAAUUGCCUGGUUAUAUAAGCAUUUGGAGGUGCAGAAAUAGAUGGCAAAGCAACCUCACCUCCACUAGAAGAAUGACAGAGCUAAGUAGCUGCAAAAGGACGAUGAUCCCUGAUUUGGAAUGAGUACUUGUUGGAUGCUUUUGUUCACUUCGAUGAAGACUGCUAUUUUAGAAACAUUUAUAUGUUCUUGUGCACUGUUGUUGAAGAAGUGAAUUUGAUUGAUCUCUGUAUCCCAGAUAUGAACCAUGUACUAGAUAAUGAAUCUUGUCAGUGUACUUUUGAAGAAUUGAAUGGAUCUUGUCAGUGGAAUUAUUGCUCGAUUCUUGUUUA